AUGAUCAAUUCGCUACUUUUAUAUUCUUUGAUUCCGAUCACUUUAAUUGCCGCAGCUGAAACCGAAAAUGCUACUUCUGCAGACUUCCUCCCAACCAGACGAACACCUCCAUCAAAACCACAACAUGGUGUCGAUUUUCUAGGACCUCUUUGGUUAUCCAGAACAUAUAAAAUAACAUGUUGUCGGAGGGGAACUCCAGUUGCAGAGAAUCCACAAUUGGUGAGCAAUUGGACUGAAACUGCAUCAGACUACGCAGUGGAUGAGAAGCUCGUUGGAACGGAACAAGAUGAUCAUUGUCGAGUGUUCCAGGGCACCUUCUUGCUUUCCGCCGCUGCUCUUUACAACUCCACGUUCAUCAGUUAUGGAGUUCAAUGUAAAUGCCCAGAUGCGGAAGAGCAACAGCUAGACCAGCAUUGCCGAAAACUUCCAGCUUGUCAGAAUGGUGGAUACCGUAGUCAGUCUAUGGGAAGAAGGUGUUCGUGUCCACAGCCAUAUUUUGGAGAGUACUGUGAAAAGCUCUGUGAUCAGGGACAGGUUCUGGUGGGAAUCGACGGACACAACUACUGUAGUUGUUUGCCUUUCUAUCAAGGAGAAACAUGCUCUGAUCUUGUAUGCCUGAAUGGAGGUCACGAGUUCAGAGGCCGGUGUAGUUGUCCGCAUAAUUUUGUUGGAUAUCAUUGUGAAAUUGAUACUAACAAAACGAAAUCAAACUCGAGGUAUACGAAAUAUGGACCACAGUCUACUGCAGAUGUAGGUUUAUUUUCAAUGUUCAUCAUAGUAAUCCAAAACUUCCAGACUGGCGAUUUAUUUAGUCGGGACAUCUCUGGCACCGUGUUCAGCCUAGUUAUGAUAGUUGUACUUGUGGUCUCAAUGUAUUUACUGAUGAAACAUCGAAUGCAGGUAUCGUUUUCUUGCUCGAUCAAUAUUUGUAGAAACCUUCCACAGGUACAAUCACAAUACACAUCAUCACGGAGAGAAGAGAUGAAUAGAGCAGCGCAGAUUUAUGGGAUAGAAAGAGGAGCUGGAGGCACUACAACGAUAAGUAGAGAUGAUAUUCGGAUAUUGCCGUUCGUGGCAGCAGGGAUUCAGCCUCCACCGCCGUAUGCAGUGUCAAGAGCUGCUAGGAGGGAAAAUCUUCCUCCGCUUCCAUCGUACGAGGAUGCUACAAAGGAUACUGUUAUUGGACCCGCAGCAACAGUAAUCGAAAUGCAAGCAACAUCAACUACUGAUAGUACACCUCCACCACCUGCUUCAUCUAUCGAAACCCCUCGUUUAACAUCUUCUGGAGCACCAGAUGUUCCGCCCAGCUCAUCUCCACCUCCUCCGUUCGAAUCCGACCCUCCCACAAUUCAACGAAACGUGUCUACAAGACGAAGUCUUUAA